CUCAGGUGCUCAGGCAGAGAGUCGCGUUCUGCUGGGCGGAAGAGGGACGAACCAAUCACAUGCGCUACAGAUAAGAUUAGAUCUGAUCGCCAAGCUAGUUCGAACUCUCCCUUCCGCCGGCUUCAUUUGCGGCUUCGUCCGGUCAGGUCCUAGGCCUGCUUGAUCUCCAUACUGCCAUCGACUGAGCUCUGUCUCGCAGAGGAAUGUCUUGACUCAUUCACUUCCUAUACACAACUCUACUUUGUUAACUAGUCGAACCCCUCCAAUGCCGACCUAACCCUUCAAUCUUCCUACUUUCUACCUUGGAUUUUAUUGCUUGAGCUCUACAAAUAUGCCUCCUCACCUUCAUCCGCGGUCGCGGUCGACGACUGGCCUAUUCGCCGGCACGUUACUGGCCUCUCUCAUGGUUGUCGGGAUCCCACACGUCUUUCCUUGCCCUGCUCCGCGCCGCACAUUUGCCGAUUCCGAGAUGACCAUGACCGUCGAUGGGCAACAGAUUCAGAGAGUACGACGGAGGAGGCGGAAAGAUGCCGAGGCAACCGCACAAGACGAGGGCAUGCCUGCUAGGACACCAUUGGCGAGUGAGGAGGAAGUGUCGACGUUUCUACAGUUAGAAGAGGAAGCUGCAUUGCUAUCGAAGCCCGGAAGAGAGUGUCCCGUUCCAAAACCGACGGGCAUGUUGGGUGACCUGCUGGGCUUCUCGAAACAACCCUUUACACAAACGUCCCAGACAGAGAGCCGACAGCCGGAUGCUGAGGGGCGACGGAGUCAAUGAGGAGUGUGAGGAGUGUGACAAUAGUAAAGGGAUCGGAGGAAACAUUGAUGACUGAGCCAUUGGUGCUCCCAUUAUUGGACCCAUUAUCUCAGGCACUGGGCGUCCAUCAAGCGAGCGAAGCCAGCGAUAUACCCCAUGUACAGUUUACCACUAUCUGGCUAUUAUUGUACCAUUAGAAGGAUGUGCGAGUACUUAGAUAGACCAUACGUAUAAGCUCCAACGAUACUUGACAUGAUGAUUUGAUUUAAUCCUGCUAACUAAGUAUAACUGUGCUUUAAAAUCUGUUGUGAGAGUCGACUGGCC